UGGGAGUCUCUCCGGCCCUCGAGAGCCGGAGUGAGUGAAGACUACCCGAAAGAACCGUGCUCCACUCAGUCUGUCCGCGGUCGUCCGUCAAGCAUCCAUCGGCGUUCGCUCCCUCCCGGUCGUCCUUGCCUGCCGCGUCUAGAGGGCCUCGUGGAACACACAUGUCGUCGGCUGGUGCAGCUGCUACCGGCUAACUCGCGGCUGCCCACGUAAUAACAUUAAUAUAGAUUCACGAUCGUCGGUCCCGAUAUACCCGUGUCGCGUGUGUGCCGUCCUCCUCGACUUCCACGAUCGGUUCUUCAUAUAUGAAAGUGACUCGACACGGUGACGGGGUGUUCAUAGUGCGCUCAUCGGUGACGCGUCGAUCUGGUGGAUGAGAUGCGGUUGACGAAGUUUCUCUGGUGCCUCAUCGGCCUGGUCGCCGUCGAAUUGCCGAUCUGGCACUUCGCCGAUGGCUUCAACGUCGAGACGAAACAUUACGCAGUGUAUCACAAGGAGGAGAAGUCUAUGUUUGGUUUCGCAGUGUCGGCGUAUCGCGACAGAUACGGCCGCGGAUGGGCGGUGGUGGGUGCACCAGAGGCCGAGACCGCACAGGCCGAUGUUUAUCGCGGAGGUGCAGUUUACAAAUGCGACAUCGCGGCUGACGACAGAUGUAGCAUAAUUCAUUUCGACGAUAAAGGACAAAACUACGUGAGAAAUCCGCACGUGGCCGGCGGCUUGAGUCCUAUCGACAACAAAACGUUGCAGUGGUUCGGCGCCUCAGUUUCAGCCUCUAGGAGAGACGGAGGUCCGAUUUUGGCGUGUGCGCCCAGAUAUACUUGGUUCUCCAUGCAACAACCGAAAUAUGACCCCAACGAUAAGACGACCAAGGAAUCCACAGUGGGUAAUAGAAUAGAGCCAGUGGGUACUUGUUGGGUCGCCGUCAACAACUUCAACGACUCGCGCGAGUUCUCUCCUUGCCGUUCGAGGUUUUGGGGCUAUCACAGGCAGGGUUAUUGUCAAGCUGGUUUAGCAGCCGCGUUAUCCAAGGAUGGCGAAAGAGUCUUCAUAGGCGCACCAGGUAGCUGGUACUGGCAAGGACAAGCGUUUUCGCAGCCCUUGAGCAAUGACUCGAAGGUCAUGUCCACCAAAGAGGGCCCCGACAAGGAGGACGACAGCUACUUGGGUUACUCGGUCGCGGCGGGAGAUUUCGUCGGGAACGGCGACAGCGGCAUGGUAGUCGGCGUUCCUCGUGGCUCUCAUCUCCUCGGCAAGGUCAUACUUCUCACAUCGAACAUGAUGAAUCCGCAAAACAUCUCCGGCGAGCAAAUGGGUGCUUACUUCGGCUACGCCGUGGCUACCGGCGACAUAGACGGAGACGGGUUGGACGACCUGAUAGUCGGUGCACCCAUGUACACGAUCCCAGACAAUCCGGAAAUGACCAUCGAGACCGGAAGAGUUUACGUGAUAUAUCAGAGUAACGACAAGAAGAAGUUCCGUAAAUUCGACACGAGAGACGGCGAAAGCAACCGCGGACGUUUCGGCUUGUCGUUGGCCUCUCUCGGGGAUAUCGACCGUGACGGUUACGGUGACUUCGUCGUCGGCGCGCCCUACGGUGGUCCGAAUGGCAGAGGUGUUGUCUACAUUUACUACGGCUCGCGGAUCGGCGUGUCGGAGAAGUAUUCCCAGGUGAUUCACGCGGAGGACCUGGGCAGCCCCGUGCAAACCUUUGGAUUUUCGGUGGCCGGCGGCCUCGACCUCGACGGCAACAUUUAUCCGGACCUGGUGGUCGGUGCAUACGAGUCGGCGGCGGCGAUGUUCUUUAGGGCACGGCCGGUGAUCAAGAUGGACUCAUAUGUGACCUUCGGCUCGGAAUCCAAGCUGAUCUCCUUGGACAUCAAGAACUGUACGCUGUCGGACGACACUAGAGUCACGUGUCUCCCGCUUACAGCUUGCUUCAGGUACACAGGAGACGGUGUCCUUAUGAGGCACAAUUUCAACGUACAAUAUGUGCUAGACGUGAAGAAAACGAAGAACCCGAGAUUGUUCUUCCUAGAGUUGGAGGGCAAGAACACCAUGAAUCAUACGAUUACGGUGGAACGUGAUCGACAGUUUUGUCGCACGGUUCGAGUCUACGUAAUUCCCAAUAUCCGCGACAAGCUGACAUCGUUAGACGCUGAGAUGCGCAUGAGUCUGGAGGAAGAACGAAUCCCGGACAACCGACAUCGCGAUCCCAGGAUGCCGUUGAGGCCGGCUCUCGGCGCGACGACUUCUAGAAAGGACACUCUCUCUAUCAGGAAGAACUGCGGUUCUGACAACAUCUGCACGCCCGACCUAUACUUGAGCGUGACUCCGAACGUCGGCAAAUACUUACUGGGAUCCGGGAAAAGGCUGGAACUCGAGGUUCUCGUUCAGAACAACGGUGAGGACGCGUUCGAAGCAACGUACAACUUGCAGCUACCAACUGGCAUCGAUUACAUCAAGAUCGAGCGAAUCGAGACCCUGGAGAUUCCCGUUCACUGUUCCGCGCCUAAACAAUCGAACAACAAUACGCUGCGUUGCGAUAUUGGAAAUCCACUGCCGCAAAACAAACUCGUGAAGUUCAAAGUGCUACUUCAGCCUGUCACGUCUCACGGAAUGAAGCCCGUCUACGAGUUCGACAUGCACGUCAACACCACGAAUCCUGAAGACUGGUCCACCGUCUACGACAACAGCCAUCACUUGUCCCUGCCGAUUUGGAUAGAGACAGAUUUGCGCGUGGACGGCGAGAGCAAGCCCAAGGAUCUUUACUACAACCCUGACAACUACACUGCCGUAAAUAUCACGACGGAACUCGAAUUCGGGCCGGCGGUCACGCACAAUUACACGAUUCGCAAUCAAGGCCCGUCGGACAUCGUUGAAGCUGAGGCAUUCCUCGUGUGGCCGGCGCAAACUCUGUCUAACAAAGACUUGUUGUAUUUAUUAGAACAGCCGGAAACUACUGGACCGAUUGCCUGCGAGUCUGCCAACGCAAAUUAUCUCAGCUUAAAGCUGGAUCAGCGCAGGAAAGCUCAUUUAAAUUACCUCGAUUAUUCUGGUGUGAUACUGGACGAGUCACAAUCAGGUAAAACGAUUAAUGUCCAAAGAGGCUUUGGGGUGGACGGCAUCAAAAUAAACCAAAAAGAAGAGGUCGAAAUAAACAGCGGUGACAGCUCGAAUAUUCAAAAAUCGCGACAUUCUUCCUCAUCGUCCUCCUCCUCCUCGAGCACGGUCACGGAGACCAGGAGAAUUCAACUGAAUCCAACAGGACAAAAGCCUCAAGUGCUCACCACGACCUACGACUCUUCCGGAACUAGCUCGGUUAAUUCCGAAACCGGUGGCUUGUCCAGCAAACCCAAUAUAAUCUUCCACACGGCACCCGAUGGUAGUUAUGGCUUUACAACUUCGGAACUUAGCAACAAAGAAUUCCACGCGACUGAAGCACCCUUCGGUUCAAGAUUACAAGGCAUCCGCCACGAGGAAUCCUACGGAACUCGCGAGAAUCAUACCGUCAGAGUAGAAAAUCGCUGGGGUGAGGGCAGUCGAGUGGAAGACGAGCGCACGACCUCGUCCUCGGGAAGAUUCGAUUCCGUUACGACUGACAGCGAGAGGCGGUAUCAGGACCUUCUGCAACAGCAAGAGAAGGCUCGCCUGGAAGAACAAGAACGUCAGAGAAAGUUGCAGGAAGAGGAACAGCUACGUGAGCGUCAGCGAAUUUUUGUUAUGCAACGUCGUCGAGAAGAGGAAGAGCGUCAGCAAGAGGAGGAACAUCGUCGGCAAGAGGAAGAGCAACAUCGGCUCGACCUGGAACGACGACGGAAAUUGGAGGAGCAAUAUCGACAGAAAGAGCAACAGCGACGAGAAGAAGAGGAGCGACGUUUGAGAGAACAGAGUGAGAGGGAACACAGGUACAACUAUGACGAAGAAAGACGCUACGGCGCAUCCUCCGGUGGUUACCACCCAACCACGGAGCGUGAUUUCGUCACUGGUGAUCGUGAAGAAACGGUCGGAGGGAAAGAAUUCGGCUUCCGCUUACAGAAUAUCAAUUCUACUCAAGAGCUGGAGCGGCUUUUCGGCACAUUGUCGAAGGAUACGUCCAGUUACCAGGUGUUUACCAGGCAGGGCCAACAAUACGUAUAUUUCAAGGCGAGAUUCCGAACGUCCGCUGAUAGAAAAGAAUACAUAGAGUUCCAAGACGGUUCCAUGUUCCCUCUGCAAAACCGUUACGGGGACCAAAGCUAUAUAUCGGAGUCCAUGGAGCCACGCGACAGUCGAUUCCUCAGGUUAGAAGGUCGGCUAUUCGUCGGUCCGGACGGCAAAGGUUACAUCGUGCUGAAAGACGAUCGGAGAUUCCCACUUCAGGGCUCUUUCACAUACACAGAGGAGAGAUCGUAUACUUUGCAUGGUCCACACGGUAGUUAUCACAGUAACAAUACAGAUAAUCAAGGUCAAAGGACUUAUGAGCAAUCUUGGCAAGAGGAGUCGUCCAGUCGCGGUUUAACGUCGGACGACGGCUACGAAAGCAAAUAUAACACGCGCACACACGAGGAGAAGCGAACGGAGGAGAGGACAAGCCAAACUAGAAUCUACGGCAAGAACAAUGAACGAUUCCACGAUGAAUUUCCCACGGAUAGGCCAGAACCCGGUCGUCCGAGCUCGAGGUACAGGCGGGAGAGCGACAUGAUCGACGUCGAAGAGUUCAAAAAGUUUCAGCGGCUUCACAGACAUCAACGGAACAUCGACAAAAAAGAGUACGAAUACAUGGACGAUGUAAACGACUACAUAAACGAUGAAGCUCUCGAGAACGACCACGAUAACAUUGAAGCCUCCGAGAACGACGACUAUGUGAACGAUGAAGUCGAGGAGGACUACAACAAAAACAAACCGAAAUUAUCGGAACCGAUACCAACCUGCGACGCAGCGAAUUGCGUGAUGUUGCGGUGCGUGUUGGGUCCCUUGAAGAAGGAUCAACAAGUUUCAAUCAGUGCGAGGUAUCGCGUGGACGCUCGCACCCUGAAUGAAAUAGCUUUCAGAGAGAAAGUGAGAGUGUCGACGAAGCUAAUAGCGCGCGUCACGAAGCAACCGUUCAUCGGUACACCCGCCGAACAGGUGAUCCGGAGCGACGAAGUUAUCACGAACGUCGAACCCAGCGCGCUACCUACCGUCCCGGACGUCAUCCCGCUAUGGGUUGUAAUCUUGUCAGCCUGCGCGGGAGCGAUAAUCUUGUUGCUGCUCAUAUUCUUGCUUUAUAAGUGCGGUUUCUUCAAGAGAAACAGACCCUCUGACGCUCCAGAGAGACAGCCGCUGAACAGAAACGGUCAUUUCCAACAAGGCGAGGAACACUGAGAGACAAAGGAAGAGAAAGAGAGAGAGAGAGAGAGAGAGAGAGAGAGAGGGAAAGGGAGCUCUUCCGCUUUCCGUUCGGUCGAAGCUUUCGACACUCCGGCCAUACCAUGGUCGAAUUGUAGAUGAAUUGAAAACCUCGGCUACUCGAUCUAACCGCGAGCACAAGUGCCUUAGUCCUCGGACAGUCGAAGGAAUGCGCAUCGCGUGGAUUCGCUCGAUGCAAUUUGCGGACGCGAUCGCGCUGUUCCCUCGUGAACAAAUCAACGUUCACAGUGCCUUUAAUCCACGUCUGGGCGAUAACGAGUAUUUUGCUGAGGUGCAUUAAAACGGUUCUGAGCGACGAUCGUCACUCGUCACUCGUAUACUGCCACUGAAUACUCCUUCCAGCUCCUGCAGCUCGACCACGCAAGUUUCUAGUCAGGAGACGUUCUUCUUCUUCUUCUUUUUUUUGUUUUUCUUACCGUUGUAAUUUACUUAAGCCGCGCGCAUAGUCGAACGAAUAUCUCGGCAUUCUGGCAAAUCGUAUCUUCGUUGUAUAUAAGUAUAUAUGUAUAACGUACACGUUAUUUUUUGUACUGUUAUCCGCGCUAAAGCGCCUUAACGCGCGCCUCUCGUCGCUUCCGCUGCCUUUUUACGAUAGAUUAGAAUUACUUUUCUAUCCGUGUGUAUACGAUCGGCACGAUCUCCAAAACGAUCUCGUAUCUCGCCGAUGACAUUAGCGGAACUCGUUCGAAAAACGUCAGGAACGUCAAUCGGUGAGUCUUUCAUGCGACACCCCUUUCACACGAGACAUUCAACGGCCGUAAAACCGUGGAAUUUGUAUCCAGGCGACACAAAUGUAUAAACACUAAUAUAAGAACGUUAAAAGUUUUCAAAUGUCUUUUACAUUUUUAUAUCAUUUGGAAAAUAUCUUACUAGCAGCAUAUCAAACAUUAAUCGUGUUCCGUUUGAAAGGGGACUGAAUCUCUUUCGAAAGCAGCCUCGAAAUCACACGAUUUCUUGAUUAUUUAUUAAAUUUCUAUAUAUAUGUAUUAUAUAUAAUACACAUAACGUAUGCUUGAGCGCCAUAACAAUAGCGUGGCUAUGCUUCAGCCAUGCGCGCAAGGUGAAUGUGUGUACAAUCUGUAAAUUAGAGAUAGGCGAUGUACGACUGAAGAAUCGAUGUUCGAUUCUUAUCUUUCACCUUUUUCUUAAUCAAAGAAUGAAUAGUCCCUUCGAUAGAUAAUUGAUGUAGUACAGUUAUUUGCACACAUGUUUUUUCUGAUGAAGUUAGGAGCGCAUCAAAUAGUCACAAUUGCAAGCCACUACUCACGGGUUAGCUACUUACAUGACAAUCGGUUUUUAUAAUCGGUUAUUUGAACGUCGACUCUUUCUCUUCUCAAUAUCGCCCAUCUCUAUUGUAAAUUAUUAAUUAAUUACGUUACUAAAAAAACUACUUACGAAAAAUAGAUAAACGCUAUCUGACUGGAGAGAAAAAUCCCCGGUAUAAAUAGGGAAGUAGAACUGAUUUGUACAUACAGCGCUAAGAUCUAAUAUUAAAAAAAAAAGAAUAUACAUAUAAAUAAUAAAAUUAAUACCAUUUUGCGUACAAUGCUCAUUUUUUUUCUAAUAAAACUCUGUAAAAGGUCGAUUCGUGCAACACUGGUGAUACGCGGCGCAAGUGAAAGGACGAAAACUUGCACAUCAAACGGAUAGUUUACAACCAUUUAUUGAAAAAUUACAAUGACAUAACAGCAGUUGGCAUAAAACAAAUGCUUACUAUAUCAACAUCAUGUGUACUGCCUGCAUUGUAUUGAUCGCGUUGACCAUUUUUCCGCUGAAAUCGGUGUAUAAAUUACAUCGUGCACAAAUUAUAAGAAAAUUUCUCCAGAUAUAAAAAAAUAUAUGCUUCAUCAAUCUCGUCUUUUUUCUCAAUAAAUUUGGACAGUAUCCUUCAUAUUCUUUUUUUUCUUUUCAUUAGUAAAAUCCAUAUAAAAAUAAUCUAUAACGAGUACAAUUGUCAGUUUGUAAAAUAUACUACCAUCUUCGUUAAUAGGUUUUUCUUUUUUUUUCUUCAUUCGCGUUUCGAGAGCCUCAUACACGUGGAUCAGUUUCGAGAAAUGACGAUUGCUCAUGAUGAAUAUGAAACGGUAACUGUUCGGUGUGUAUGUAUAUGCAUAUAACGAUCGAUGUAUGACCGAAAGAACCGAGGUCCACUGGGGCGAAGUAAAUCUUAUAAAAAAUCUGCAUGAGAUCCCGCUCCGUAAAAUUGUACAAAAGUUAACGCGCUCGAGGAGGUACGUAUAAAAGGAAACAGUGUGAAUGUUACUGUUGCUUAUUGUGUACUUGUAUAAGUAUCACGUAUUUACGGAUGAACGAUUCGGUUAUUGCUACUGCAUUAAUAACUAUCAUUAUGUCUACGCCCGGCAAUCACUUGAUGAAUCGGGGAUGGAAUACGUUAGCUUUCACACGGGACACAAUAUGAGCGAUUAAGAAAUUACAAUGAUACAUUGAUAUUCUGUCGGGCAGUGCGGCAAUCGUUACUGCUCCCCAAAACGCCAACGUCAGCGUGUCAACCGGGUAAUAUGUACAAGUUCAGCCGCAAAUUCGGGCGACCGUAUUUCUUAUUUAAAAUUACAAUCAACAAAAGUAUUCUCGUUCGAUCUUUUCCUGACUACGUAUGAUCGAGAUUAGACGGAUACUGACAAAAAUUUUCGAGCUCGCGCUUUUUCUUAGUAAUCUUAUACACACACAUUUUAUACACAAGUUUAAAACGAAUGCAACAAUGAUGAUUUAGAUACACCAGUAAAAACGACGCUAAAGGAGCACCGAUGUACCGUGAGGACUCGUGACAAAUUGUUAAUUUCAUUGAUAUCGCGAUUGCGCGAUUCUAAAAAUUCAUCUAAUAAUUAAUAUGUAUAUGUGUGUGUAUGUGUAUGUGUGUGUGCGUUAAAUAAAUCUCUCCCUUCUAUCCCUAUCCCCAAAAUUGGACUAUAAAGUCAUUAUCUAUCGUCGAAUGCAAACAGCGCUCGACGAAUAUUACUUUUUCCGUUAUCCUUCUCUUUUUUGUGAUGUUGGACAAAAUCGACAUGUUAAAAAAUCUUUGUAUCACCUAAUCGUCAUGAUCACUAUUAAAAUUAAUCUUAUCGUC